AUGAUGUUCGUCAAGUUGCUAGCGCGGCUAGCGGUGUUUAGCCUUACUUGCUGGCUCCAGAGGAUACACGCCCUACAGAACGAGUGCGACUUUAACUUCAACGUCAAUUUGUUAUCAAAUAUAUAUGACAAGUACAAUGGGAAGCACAUAGAAGAGCUCGAGGGGAGCACAGACUACUGCAACAAUUUGGAGAGUUUAAAUUCGCUCAAAUCUUUUUGGCAAUUAAAAUUGAAAUCGCUAUGCACAGAAGAAACAUCCAUUUUGGAUAAACAAGUAUUUAACAACAUCUGCAGCAAAACGUACAAAGUGCCGCAUGUAACGGUGAGCGGAUUAGAAGUAGGGAAAGAUGUUGUAAAUAUCGAAUUUUUCUGCGCCCAUUUUUUGUAUACUAACAACAAAGAGGUUAUAAAAUGUGUACGACAUAACGUUUUGAACAAUUACCUAGAUUCUUACCACAUAGCUUUUGAUUUAUCCGUUUCGCAAGAAUUGUUAAAGCAGUCGAACCAUGUAGAUGCAGUUUUAAAUUUGAAAAACAUCGACGGAUUGGCUCUCACAAAAAGGAUAAUAGAUGAUUCCGUAUGUAGGAUACAUUCCAGUGUCCAUACCAUUAUGAAUAAGAAUGACUUUGAUUUAUUCAAAGCGUUAGCAGGCUUAUGUACAAAGUUGGGCUUUCACCAUCAUUUUAUCAUAACAGAUAAUAUCCACCCGUUAACUACUCCUCUAUUUAAUGAAAUACCCUACAGUUUAAAUUCGCUCAAUUUCAAUAUACAAAAUAGUACCAUGUACUACACAAACUAUGAAUACUUUGUAUAUAAUGUUAAGCUAGCCGAUAUAGAUCACAUCCUCGGUUCGUAUAUGUCUCCAUCCGCCCUGGCGAUAAGCAAAAAUAACUCAUAUGUAACAUGGCUAGGAAUCAACAAAGAUAACACUUUGUACAAGAAAAAAUUUAACGAAUUGUAUAACCUUCUAGACAACAAUAAAUAUAUGGAAAGAAUCGUUCAGUGUUAUAGUAAAUACACGUCCAAGUACUAUGGAGGUAGUAUAAAAUAUUUUUUACGAUAUAUUCCAGAAAGUAAAAGAGAUGUGAUGCAGAAUAAUCCGAAAAUUUUUGUGUACAUUAUUAAUGGCAUAUGCAAAAAUAUCCCAUCCAUUCACAAAUGUGUUGAGAAAAUUAUUUUCCUUGAUGGAAUAUACGAUUUGUACUUCAAAAACUUUAUGGUCAAUUUUAUAUACUACAAUGCGGCUUGUAUUUUUAAUUGCAAUUUGGCAGACUUAGGAAAAGUUAUCAAUGAUGAACAGGUGUGGGAUAUCCUUGUAAACUACUUUUCAAAUGACUUUUUAGUGAAUUAUAAAAAGUCCAAGAGUCCUAGAAUCGCGGGUAAUAAUGCUAACAAGGGUGCCGACAAGACGGACGAAUCCGCAUCGCCAGAAACGUACAACGAAAUGGCAAAGUUAUACUACACCAACUUUGAUUACGAUUAUAUUCAUAGUGGUAAGUGGAAAAAGGAAAUCAAUUUGGAGGACGAAGAAGCUAUCUUGAAGCCGUCAGAUGAAGCGGUCGAAUUUGAAUUCUACAAUUACACCUUCCAGACGCUCGACCUGAGUAGUUAUGGCUUCUUCAUUUUGAAGAGCCAAAUGGAGGAGGACAACGUGUGCAAAAUUUCGUCCUUCAUUGAGGCCAACGGGAAGAAGUACGUCCACGUGAACAGGUACAUUGCCGACUUUUUCAGUAAGAACAACAAGCGGGUCCUCUCCCAUUCGGGCGGCAAGAAGGGCUCCUCCGGAGGUGGCCAUAAUAAUGGUCACGGCAACGGUGGGGACAAGCACAACGGUGGGAACGAGGACGGAGGUGGAGAUGAACACGACGGGGGCAACGAAGGAGACGACCAUGACGAUCAUGACGAACACGAUGAACAUGACGAACAUGAUGAAAACGGAGGGGACGAUCACAUGAACACCUUUAACAUGUUUGGCGACUUCCUGGGAGAUGACAAAGAAAGCAACAGCUUCAUGGACCUAUUCCAAAACAACCAGCUGUUCAAUAAGAACCAUAAUCUGUUCGACAACUUCUACCACGGGGAAGACGAAGAGGAAGAAGGCGACUUGUAUGCCGAUAAGGAGCUAGAGCCGUUAGACAUUGAGAAGCACAAGGUUUCCACCUCCAUGGGAGAUGUAUACCCGCUAAAAACGGAAUACACCCUGAAGGAGCUACAACACGUAUAUGAAAUUCACCCAGGCUUCAGCGAACUAGAUGAAGAAAUAAGACGCCAUUUUUUUAGAAGCAAAAUAUUCGAAAAGGAAGUUUCCUUUAUAGUAAAGGACGUCCCGACAAAGAUUGAAAAUUAUUACAAAUAUUAUUAUGAAAUUAAGAAGAAUUUAAAAACUUUCGACAAAUAUGAUGAGGAACAUUAUAAGAUGCUAAUAAAUAAGUCGAAAGAAGAUCCAGAUGUUUUUUCAAAAAUAGACAUUGAAUUUUCCUGCACAAGGAUGGGUAAGUGGCCAAUUCGUGGAGCCACGGGUAGGUGGCUAUCAGAUGUUUUAUGCGAAACCAAGUUGGUUCCUCAGCUGGUAUACAAUAACGAAUAUGCUGAAAAGCAGGACCAAAAGAAGAAGAAAAAAAACGAAAUUGACCCCAAUUUGUAUACUUUAAAAGAAAACACAAGAUUAAUUGGCAUCGAAUUUGAAGACCAAGAACCCUACAGAUGUGCCAUUAGUUACCUCGGGGAUGAAGGCAAAAAGACACAUUUACCAAUAUCUGCAACUUUAUUGGUGCACUUAGCUAUCGGGUUCUGUACACUACACGGUUUUAAAAUCAUUUGGCUAGCUGAUUCUGCCUUUGAUAUACACACCAACGUGUAUCUAAGAUAUACCUCCAUACUCGAACAAGGACAGACGUACUACGAACAGAGCAAUUUUGAACUUUAUGGACAAACAAGACUUAUAGCCCAAUUGGAAUAUAUCGCCUCUGGAAUGAGUGUAGAAAAUAAUCUUAUUACAUCUGGUACUUUUAAAAACAGGUACAACUUGAUUAGCUAUCCAGGGACAGAUUUGCAAUUUCUACUCCUCAUGUCAAAGAAAGUUAAGGAAACUAUUUACAAUUUAAAAUUUGAUUGCCAUAGCUGGGCAUACAAAGGGUGCUCAGAAUAUUACCCCUUGAUGAAGAAGAAUAAAAAGGUUUCCACAGAUGAAAAUUACAAUAAAAUUACGCUGAAUGGAAAAUAUUCCAAAAAAGAAUUAGAAGAAAUGUAUGAAUGUUCCUUUAUGCAUGAUAAAACCUUCCAAGAGUUGAACAAAAUGUUCCCUAAAGAAUGUACCUUCGGGUCGAGGAUCGGAGAUUGCCAUAAGGUAGUUAGAAAACAUAUUCCUUGCUACAAUGAAGAAUCAUGUAAAUAUUUAAUUUAUAUUUAUGAAAAUUUUUACAAGCCACAGAACCAUGUCAAUUUGCUGAAUGAGCAUUUUAUAAAGGUAUCGGAGAAUUUAACCAAAUUGUCCAGACCCUAUUACUUACAGUCCAUUUUAGCAUUAGAACAUGAUAUACAAAUUAAGAAGAGCAAAAAAAGGAACACCCAGUAUGAAGACAUUGUGCUGUUCAUUUUGAAGAAUUCCAUAUUUUACGUUUCUUGGGUUACAUCCAGUGAGUACUGGAAGAGGGCCGUAUACGUGCAAGACGUGAACACUUCCUUCGCAACCAUUAACCAAGUGGAGGACUACAAGAAUAAGGAGAUGUUUUGCCCAGUUGCCUACGGGCAUGAGUUCAUAGGGCACAUGCUCGUGCAGUACAUGAAGUAUCCUAACGAUUUGUAA